UUAUACUUAUUUAUAUGUAGCUCUGUGUGAAAAUAAAAGCAUUUUCCAGAAAAGUUGAUUUUUAAUUGGUAUAAGUUUAUAAUUUUGCACAAUGAGUACCAAAAUAGUGACCUGCAUUGCUCCAGUUAACAUAGCUGUUAUAAAAUACUGGGGAAAAAGAGAUGAGGAUUUAAUUCUUCCACUAAAUGAUUCUUUAAGUUUAACGUUAUCUAUAGAACAUAUGUGCAGUACAACUACGAUAAUGGCUAGUCCAAAUUUUAAAGAGAAUAAGUUAUGGUUGAAUGGUAAAGAAGAAUCAACGGGAAAUAAGAGAUUUCAAAAAUGUUUAGAAGCUAUUCGUAAAGAAGCUGUAAAAAGUAUAGGUAAACAAGAAUUUCUCACAUAUAAUAUCCAUGUUUGUUCAGAAAAUAAUUUUCCAACUGCUGCUGGUCUUGCAUCCUCAGCAGCAGGUUAUGCUUGUUUAGUUUAUACCCUUGCAAAAUUAUAUGGCGUCACUGGCAAUAUAUCUAAAAUAGCUCGCCUUGGUAGUGGGAGUGCUUGCAGAAGCAUUUUUGGAGGUUUUGUUCAGUGGUGUGCUGGUUCAAAUCCUUCAGGUGAAGAUUCUUUAGCUGUACAGAUAGAACCAGAAACAUAUUGGCCAGAAAUGAAAGUUUUGAUUCUUGUUGUGAACGAUAGCAAGAAGAAAGUCAGUUCUACUAGCGGAAUGUCUACCAGUGUUCUAACUUCUGAGCUAUUGAAGUAUAGAGUGGCUGAAUGUGUGCCAAAAAGAAUUGACGAAAUAAAAGAGGCUAUAAGAAAUAAAGACUUCGAGCAGUUUGCUGAAAUAACAAUGAAAGACAGUAACCAAUUUCAUGCAGUUUGUUUGGAUACUUAUCCUCCUUGUGUCUAUAUGAAUGAUAUAUCUCACUCUGUUGUUGAAUUUGUCCAUAAGUAUAAUAUUAUGUGUGGGCAAACGAAAGUAGCAUAUACUUUUGAUGCUGGUCCUAAUGCAUGUUUGUACUUAUUAGAAGAUGAAGUACCAGAUGUGAUAUCUUUAAUAAAUGUAAUUUUUCCAACAAGUUACACAAAUGAAGAAUAUUUAAAAGGAAUUCCUUUAACUCCAAAACCUGCAUCCAGGGAAUUGGUAGAUGAACUGAAUAUGAAUCCAUUACUAGAGAAUGAUGCAUUGAAAUACAUAAUUUAUACUGAAGGAGGGCCUGGUCCUUGUCAAAUCGAAAAACAUCUUUUGGAUAAUGAUGGUAUACCUAGAAGGCUAGUUUAAAAUAAUGUUGAUCAAGUUAAUUUUAUACAUAAGUUAUUUGUGGGAAAGGUUCUAUUAUUCAAAAUAAAGUAUUUAAUAUUGGUUUUAUCUAACUAACAUUUAUUCUU